UGGACGAAGAGUUCGUCCUUUUCACGAACUUAAUCACCGACAAGGUGGUUUUUAUUUAUUUAUUUAUUGUAUUUUAUUUUAUUUUUAUUUCGUAUCGUGGACCGACCAGUGAAACAAGCCAACAUUGUACUACGGAUACACGGAAGGAUCGUGGCUGAAGGAGGCUGCUGUCAGCCAUGGGGACGGCCAAGAUGAAACAUCUUUGGCCGUUGGUGGCGUGGAUACUUCUAUUCCUAUGUCCAGCCGAAUCUCUGAGAGGACUCGGUCACGGACUAAGGAGAGAAGUGUUCUUCCUGAACCUCGAAGACGGCUACUUCGGCUGUCAGGUAAACGAGUCGACGGACAUCCUACAGCUACUGGAACUCUCCAAACUGUGCGACAAUAACGUCGACUGUUACCAAGGGACGGACGAGCAACGCGAAAGAUUAAAAUGCACAGACGAUUGUACCAAGGAGGACGGCACCAUGUGUCUGAAUGGCGUCUGCUUGGACUCCGUGUGCCAUUGCAACGACGGUUUUGGUGGUUGCAAUUGCCAGGUGCCAGACGAGAACGAGUGCAAAUACCGUCCCUGUGAUAUAUUCGCGCAUUGCACGAAUACUCUUGGUAGUUUCCAAUGUUCCUGUUUCCCUGGCUAUCAAGGCGAUGGUUUCCACUGCGAAGAUAUCAACGAGUGUGAUAACCCGAUACUUGCUGCGAGAUGCGUGGAGAACGCCGAAUGUUGCAAUCUCCCGUCGCAUUUCCUAUGCAAAUGCAAACCUGGCUAUAUCGGCGACGGCGAGGUGCAUUGCGAGGAUGUGAACGAGUGCGCGAUAUCUGGAGCGUGUGGUGAUAAUACUGUCUGCAACAAUAUUCCGGGGAAUUACACUUGUGCCUGUCAACCUGGGUUCACGGGAGACCCCUACGAAACUUGUAUCGAUAUCAACGAAUGCGAUUACGCGGGUGCUUGCGGAAAGGGUGCCUUGUGCGUCAAUCUUCCGGGCGCCCACAAAUGCGAAUGUCCCGAGGGAUAUAACGGCGAUCCUGAAGAAGAAUGCGUGGACGUCGACGAAUGUCUGCGCAGUCCUUGCGGUCGUUCAGCUCAGUGCACAAACGUGCAUGGCAGUUUCCGCUGCUCUUGCCCGGAAGGAAUGAGCGGCGAUCCUUGGGUAGGCUGUCACGAUAUAAACGAAUGCGAGGAGGGUACACCGUGCGGCUCGGAUGCUGAGUGCGUGAACACAGAGGGUAGUUUCGAGUGCAGAUGUCAGGCAGGCUAUCAAAUGGAUGAAACGCAUGGUUGCAUCGAUGUGAACGAGUGCAGCCGGUUGGAUGCAUGCGCGGAGAACGCAAGAUGCAUCAACGUACCAGGAUCGUAUAAGUGCAUCUGCCCCCAAGGCUUCAUCGGUCAAGGACUAACAUUGUGCGAAAACGUGAACGAAUGCGAGAGAAAUCCUUGCGGCGAAAACGCUGAAUGCAGCGACACGAUCGGCAGUUUCGUAUGCAGUUGCAAGGCGGACUACACUGGGGAUCCGUUUAAGGGAUGCAGCGAUAUCGACGAAUGCACAGCAUUAGAGAACCCUUGUGGAAGGUAUGCGAUUUGCAAGAACACGGAUCCUGGUUACAAUUGCGUCUGUCCACCGGGAUAUAGUGCCAAUCCCAAUCCGACAGUUGCUUGUGAACAGACCGACGUGACAACACUUUGCAAAUCAAACUUCGACUGCGUGAACAACGCCGAGUGUAUCGAAGGUCAGUGCUUCUGCAAGGACGGGUUCAAAGCCAUUGGAGCCGAAUGUGUGGACGUUGACGAAUGUCUUUCGAACCCUUGUGGACCUGCAUCGAUUUGCAGCAACACUAGGGGCAGUUAUCACUGCGAAUGCGAAUCUGGCUUCGUUGGAACUCCGCCACACAUACCUUGUAAAGCACCGUGUGACGAAGUAACCUGUGGAGAUCAUGCGUACUGCAAGGCAGAUGGCCACGAAGCUUAUUGUAUCUGCGAGGACGGCUGGACUUUUAAUCCGAACGACAUUGCAGCUGGAUGCGUUGAUAUAAACGAAUGUGACGCGAUAAAUGGUCCUUCGGGACGUUGCGGUAAAAAUGCCAUCUGUACCAAUACUCUGGGUGGAUUUAGUUGUCAGUGCAAACCUGGAUUUUCUGGAAACGCCUUCAAACAAUGCAUGGACGUAGACGAAUGUGGCAGACCAGAUGCUUGUGGUCACGGGGCUACAUGCACCAACACCGAGGGAUCUUAUUCCUGCACCUGUCCAGAAGGGACCAUUCCAGAUCCCGAUCCUUACAUCAAGUGUGUGGGCAUAGUUACCUGCGAAGUCGAUGGUGAUUGCCCCGGAAACGCCAUUUGUGAUCCACAGAAACGUUGUCUGUGCCCAGAACCCAACGUUGGAAACGACUGUAGACAUCCGUGCGAGGACUUAUCUUGCGGACCAAACGCCCACUGUAUGCUGUCAAACGACGUGGCCACGUGUUUGUGUCGCAAUGGUUACACGGGAAAGCCAGGAGUGAAGGGCGGUUGCAGAGACAUUGACGAAUGCGCCAUUAAUCCGUGUCCUCAAGGAGCGAUCUGUAAUAACGAGCCGGGAUCCUUCUCCUGUCAAUGUCCCAGUGGCACCACGGGUGAUCCUUACAGUGGUGGUUGUCAAGAAUCGAAGGCUCCUCAUGUAUGCGGACCAAGUACUCCGUGUCCUGCUGGAGAACAGUGCAUCAAGGAUGAAUUUGUGGGGAGCAGCGUUUGUAUUUGUCAGAGAGGAUAUACUAGGGAUCACGAAUCUGGUAAAUGUAGAGACAUUAACGAAUGUAUGGAACUCAGAGAUAAACCUGCCUGUGGUGUUAACGCCAUUUGUAAGAAUUUACCUGGGAGCUACGAGUGCCAGUGUCCGCCUGGAUUUAAUGGAAAUCCGUUCUCCCUUUGCGAAGAAUGCAACAGUAUCGAGUGUCAAUGCCAGCCUCCGUAUAAGAUCGUCAAUGGAAAAUGUAUGUUGGCCGGAUGUUCCAAGGGAGAAAAAUGUCCCAGUGGUGCAGAGUGUAUCACUAUUGCUGGAGGAGUCAGUUACUGCGCUUGUCCCAAGGGUUACACUACCAAGGCUGACGGUUCUUGCGAAGAUAUAAACGAGUGUAUCGUUGGACACCAAGUAUGUGGCUACGGAGCAGAAUGCGUAAACCUACCAGGAUCUCAUCAGUGCGUUUGUCCACACGGUUAUGGCGGAGACCCAUACAACGGUCUGUGUUCUCCGGCUCAGAAAAGAUGCACAAGCGACAACGAGUGUAAAGCCAACGAGAAAUGCGUGCAGCCUGGUGAAUGUGUUUGUCCACCGCCAUUUUAUACGGAUCCUCUCGAUGGAAACCUUUGCAAGAAUCCUUGUGAUCGGUUCCCAUGCGGUAUAAACGCAAAAUGUACACCAAGCGAUCCACCAAGGUGUAUGUGCGAGGCUGGUUACGAAGGUGACCCUCAACACGGUUGUGUGGACGUGAACGAGUGUGCCAAUAAUCCCUGUGGUCACGGUGCCUACUGUAUUAACACCAAGGGCGAUCACAUUUGCGAGUGUCCAAAGGGAACAGUGGGCGAUCCUUACGGCGGUGGUUGUACUAGAGUCGCUGUGGCUAAGAACGAAUGUUCUUCUAACGACGAUUGCGACAAUAUAUUCGCUUGUGUCAAUGGAAGAUGCGUGAACCCUUGUGACAAUAUACCUUGUGGACCAAACGCAUACUGCGAGCCUGAUAAACAUGCUGCCUGGUGUCGAUGUGUAAUUGGAUUUGUGGAAGGCAAGAACAACGAGUGUGUUUCACAGUGCGAUGGUUUCGUGUGUGGCUCUGGAGCACAGUGUAUCGUGAGUUAUAGUGGACCAACGUGCAAAUGUAUCGAAGGUUUCAUGGGGAAUCCGUUCCCUGGUGGUCAGUGUCAACCGGACGUUUGUUCUCCAGAAGUUCCCUGCGCAGAACCAAGCGUGUGCAUAAGUGGAAGGUGCAAACGUCGAUGCGAAGGCAUAGUCUGUGGGGUUGGUGCAUCUUGUGACCCAGCGACGAAUAAAUGCGUGUGCAAUCCUUAUUUCAUUGGAAAUCCGGAUCUCCUCUGUAUGCCACCGAUUAAUCCAGCUGUCUGUGAUCCUACUUGUGGUUCUAACGCUCACUGUGAAUAUACGUUGCAAGAAUCUAAGUGCGUAUGCAAUCCUGGUACCAGCGGAAAUCCGUAUCAUGGUUGUGGUGUGCAACAAAAAUCUGAUUGCUCCACUGCUCUGUGUGGCAAGGAUGCACAUUGUAAUGCUGGUCCGAAUGCAGUUGAAUGCUUGUGUCCUCCUGGAUACGCUGGAAAUCCGUAUAUUCAGUGUCAUGAUAUCAACGAGUGUAAUGGAAACGCUUGCGGGAGCAACGCAGUAUGCAUCAACACUAUUGGUAGCUACGACUGUCGCUGUAAAGAAAGUUACUUCGGCAAUCCCUUCAUCGGUUGCCAACAGGUCCAAGUCGGUCCUUGCACCGAUCCAUCAACUUGCACCUGCAGUGACUCGGUACCUUGUCCAUUCGACUACAGCUGCGUGUCUGGCAAAUGCAUAAAUCGCUGCAGCGACGUAAAAUGCGGACCAAGAUCAGUUUGCCAGGAUGGAGCUUGCGUGUGUCCACCUGGUUACAGUGGCAACCCCAACGACCUGAUCAAAGGUUGUUAUCUUCACGGUCACUGCUCUAACGAUCUCGAUUGUGAACCUCAACAGAUCUGCUUCCAAGUUGGAAAAGGUGUUAGGAAAUGCGUAGACGCGUGCAGCAAGUUACAGUGUGGUCCAAACGCAUUAUGUAUCACCCAGAAUCACGUGUCUUCGUGUCUCUGCAUCGAUGGAUACAAGGGAAAUCCUAGCAAUCUCGUAGAAGGCUGUAAACCAUUUAAAUCAGUGGUAACACCAAGAUGUGAACAAGAUUCAGAUUGUUCUGAAGGUUCUUUCUGUAUUCUUCUGGACGGUGGUGUCCGCGAAUGUGUAAAUCCAUGUAGCAAAGUAGUCUGUGGUGCUCACCAGAAGUGCGAGCCUGAUAUAAUCCCUGGUCACGCUACCUGCAAGUGUCAAGAUGGCUACGAAUGGAAUCCGAUACUAUCCUCCUGCGAAAAACCAUCUGUCCCUGAUUGUAUCUCCGACGAUGAUUGUCACACUACAGAAGCUUGUAGGCCAGACGCUCUUGGUGUAUUAAAGUGUGUCUCUGUUUGUAAAAGUUUCACCUGCGCGAUUAACUCCCAGUGCAUGGCGGAGAAACAUCGAGGUCGCUGUGAGUGUUUGCCUGGUUUUAUCGGCAAUCCAAACGAUCGUCAAGGAUGUCAAACACCUAGGAAAGACCAUUGUUCCACUGACAGCGAGUGUCCAGAGGAUCAAACCUGUAGAAGCACCAAAGAAGGUCUUCUGACCUGUCAACCAGUCUGCAAUUUCGUUUCGUGCGGUCCAAAUGCUUUGUGUGUGGUGCAUAAUCACGUAGCUAAUUGUGAAUGUCCACCUGGCCUCUACGCUGGUGAUCCCAAUGACGUUGUAAAAGGAUGUCGAGCUGUUCCAUGCGUGUAUAACAUCGACUGUCCACCCACUCAGCUUUGCAAUAGGUUGACGCACACUUGUUACGAUGCUUGUGAUGAAAAUGCUUGCGGUGUGAACGCUGUUUGCAUCGCGGAUGAUCAUAGGGCAAUUUGUCAGUGUCCACCAGGGCUGAAGCCUAAUCCUGUUCCUGACGUCGAGUGUGUUCCUCUUGAAGCUUGUCAUCCGAAUCCUUGCCAUGAAACAGCUCUCUGUGUUCCUGGACCAUCCAGCAAUCCUGUUUGUCAGUGUCCACCGAAUUUUGUCGGGGAUCCUUACGUGAAAGGCUGUCAACCGGAAGGAUAUUGCGCCAGUGUCAAGGAUUGUCCUGUGCAUUCCAUUUGUCACAAUCAUCGAUGCGCCAAUCCAUGUGAAAAUGCCUGUGGACUGAAUUCUAUUUGCGAUAUUAUCAAUGGUCAACCCACUUGCAAGUGUAUUCAUAAGUUUAUUCCAUCUUCAAAGGGCCCGCAGGAUGGUUGCGUCCGCGCCACGAAUUAUUGCAACGUUGACGCUGAUUGCGUGGAGAGCAUCUGCCUCGAAGGACAGUGUAUAGCUGUUUGUCGAGCGAUUACCGACUGCUCUGCUGGUGAAAAGUGUGUGGAUAGUAAAUGUAUGGUACCGUGUGUUACUCACACACAGUGCCAGACUGAUCAGGCUUGCGUUAACGGAAUGUGCAUUCUGGGAUGUCGAAGCAAUAAGAACUGUCCUUCGACGGAAUCCUGUAUCGACAACAAAUGUCAAGAUCCAUGCAAGAGAAAGGACGUUUGCGGUCCAAACGCGAUCUGCAGCUGCACAAAUCACGCUACCACCUGCACCUGUCCCCUUGGAUUCCACGGAAAUCCUACACCCCAACAAGGUUGCGUCAGAGUGCCGAAUAUCUGCGAAGGUCCUCAAGACUGCCCCAGUCAGCAUCUGUGUGUCUCUGGAUUCUGUCAAUGUCAAUGCAGCGAACAGGACAACUGUGCCGAAGGAGAACGCUGCAAGAACGGAAUAUGCAUGAAAGUGUGCUACGGCGACAGUAAUUGUUUGCCAGGUGAAUUGUGCAUCGAUGGAGUUUGCGAAGUAGGUUGCACCUCUGACGUUGGUUGCAACGAUAACGAGGUGUGCAUCAACAACAAAUGCAAAUGCAGCCAUGGAUUCAUUGCUGGACCAGAACACUGUCUGGACAUCAACGAGUGUGACGAUCAACCGUGUCACUCGAGCGCAGAGUGCGUCAAUCUUCAUGGAUCUUAUCGCUGCGUCUGUCCACAAGGCACAGCUGGUGAUCCUGUAGGAACAGGUUGUGUAAUUCCUCACCAGUGCACCGUACACGCAGAUUGUGCUGAUUCACAGGCUUGCGUCCAACAUAAUUGCACCGAUCCUUGCUCUCUGGUUGACUGUGGUCUCAACACUAUUUGCUCCGUUUUGGAUCACACGGCUGCCUGUCAAUGUCAGCCUGGUUACAUUGGAGACUCUUCAGGGUGCUUCAAAGUGGAAUGUCUUUCUAACAACGAUUGUUCUAUAGACAAAUACUGCAAUCAGGAUACUAACAAAUGUAGCAGUCCUUGUAAUCAAGUGGACUGUGGAUACGGCAACUGCAUAGCGUCCGAUCAUUCUGGAAUAUGCAAAUGUUAUCCUGGUUUCGAGCUAGCGGGUGACAUUUGCGUAGACAUUGACGAAUGUUUGAAGAAUCCUUGUCACUCCUCCGCGGUUUGUCAAAACACGGAAGGCUCUUACGCUUGCAUCUGUCCUCAUGGUUUGGUCGGAGAUCCUUUCAAAUCUGGUUGCAAACAACCGGGCGACUGCUUCACGGACCUUGAUUGCCCAAAUACUGCUGCUUGCAUUGAUAAUAGAUGCACCAAUCCUUGCGACGUAUCACCGGAUAGUCAUUCGUGCGGAAGAAAUGCCGAAUGUUUCGUUCAUGAUCACGUUCCACUUUGCAGAUGUCCUGAUCAGACCACUGGCAAUCCGACAACGGAAUGUAUUCACUUAGAAUGCAACUAUCACAGCGACUGCAGUCCUUCCGACGCCUGUUACAAUCACAAAUGCGUCGAUCCUUGUUCUCUUGCAAACGUAUGUGGACAAGGAGCAGAUUGUUCUUCUUUAAAUCACAGUGCAGUGUGCACGUGUCAACCUGGCGGUACUGGCGAUCCUAAUUUAGGUUGCACACCUGUCCAAUAUUGUAAAUCGGACUCUCAAUGUGCUACUGGUUCAGCUUGCAAUGGAGGAAUAUGCACUGCCCUUUGUGGAAGCACGAGGGAUUGUAUCGGCGACCAGCUUUGCAUCAAUGGUCUCUGUCAGCCCACCUGCAAGAGCAACUCCAGUUGCCCCGAGUACCAAUACUGCCACAAUAACAUCUGCGUGCAAGAAUUACGUUGCAUAUCCGACGAUGACUGUUCCUACGACGAAAGAUGCAUGAAGAACAACAUUGGACAAGCAGAAUGUCAGAAAGCUUGCGAUCUGCUCCUCUGUGGACGCAACGCCGAGUGCAAAGCCGAUAAUCACGUUGGAGUUUGCUCUUGCAAGCCUGGAUUCUUCGGAAAUUCGAAAGACGACAAAAUUGGAUGCCAAUCUAUUGAAUGUGAGGUCAACGAUGACUGCAGCGGAGAGAAGAUUUGUGACGCGCACAAGUGCAGGAUCGCUUGUUUAGCUCAUAAUCCUUGCGGCGUCAAUGCUAUUUGCUCAGCAGAGAAACACGUUCAAAUUUGUACGUGUCAACCGGGUUACACUGGAGAACCAACUCAUGGAUGUCAAUUGAUCGAUUAUUGUUCGGAUCAACCUUGCGCACCUGGUGCUGUGUGUGAAAAUUCCAGAGGGUCCUAUAGGUGUCACUGUCAACAGGGAAUGAUUGGAGAUCCUUAUAAUAGCGGUUGUCAGCCACCGGUAGAAUGUCUGCAGGACGGAGACUGCCCACUGACUGCAAAAUGUAUAAACGUCAACAACGUACCCAAAUGUUUCGAUGUCUGUUCACGUACACAGUGUGGACCAAACGCAGACUGUGUGGCCACUAAUCACGCAGGAGCCUGUCAGUGCCGGUCCGAUUACGAGGGUGAUCCGAACAAUCUAAGUAUAGGCUGUCGACCUAAACCGGUUGUUUGCACGUCAGUCGUGGACUGUUCGCCCAAUACCUACUGUUACGAGGGAAUCUGUCGACCGUCCUGCCAAUCGGACGAAGAAUGCAACUUGUCAGAUGUGUGCCUCAAUGGACAAUGCUUGGAUCCUUGCAACGUGAAGGCCGCGUGCGGAAUAAAUGCGGAGUGCAACGUGAAGAGUCACAUUAAACAAUGCAGCUGUCCACCUGGGUUCACCGGUAACUCGGAAGUGGAAUGUGUCAGAUUACCCGUGUCCUGCAGAGACACCAACGACUGUAACGAUGGCAACACUUGUCGCGACAACGUGUGUCUCCCAAUCUGCACUAGCGACAACGAGUGCGCCUUCAACGAGAAAUGCGUCCAAGGAAAUUGCCUUCUCACCUGCAGACUCGACAACGACUGUUUCUUGGGUCACAUCUGUCUGCACAACAUGUGUGCGUUUGGUUGUCGCGCGGACGAGGACUGCAACGCGAACGAAGCUUGCAUCACAAACAAAUGCAUCAAUCCUUGCGAAGCCACUCCUUGUGGGCCAAACGCUAAAUGCACAGUAUUUAAUCAACGAGCCACCUGUUCGUGUCCAGCAGGCUUCAUGCCGAAUCCAACUGCAAAAGUGGCUUGUUUAAGAUCGCCUGGACCCGUUUGUCAAGCGAACAGGGACUGUGCGACAGGAACAGCUUGCAUUGGAGGACUGUGCACUCCUGUCUGUUCUACGGACUUAAAUUGUUUGAGUAACGAACGUUGUGAUCCUUCGGGAAUCUGUAAAUCAUUGUGCAGAAGAGACGAAGAUUGUAGAAGCGGAGAGAUUUGCGAGGGAUUGGUUUGUGUCAUUGGAUGUCGCGCUGACGUGGAGUGCCAGGAGAAUUUCGCUUGUUUGAACAAUCAGUGUCAAGAUCCUUGCUCUCUUCCUGAUGUUUGCGGAGUGAACGCCAAGUGUGCGGUCGUAAAUCAUCAGAAACAUUGUUCCUGUCCGGCACCAUUAGUCGGUGAUCCUCUAAUUGGUUGCAAACAGGCGUUCCUGCCUUGUAGCAACGAAGAGGAAUGCGCUACUGGCCAGACUUGUUACGGAAGAUCUUGUUACGCUACGUGCAGAAGCGACGCUAAUUGUCUAAGCGACGAACGUUGCGACGGAGGAAUUUGCAAAGCCAUUUGCAACAGCGACGAUCAUUGCGUGGCUAAUCAGAUCUGUCAAAAUAGGCUGUGUGAUAUCGGAUGUCGCAGUGAUAAUACUUGUCCCAACGACGAGUCCUGCGUGAACAAUAAGUGUAAAAAUCCUUGCGAGGGUGGCAAGGCUUGCGGAGAAUGUGCCGGUUGUCGCGUUGUAAAUCACGUGGCACAAUGCAGUUGCCCAGCCAAUUAUUAUGGAAACGCUUUGAUCAGUUGCGCGAAAUCUAUGAUUCCCUGCGAUGGCACCUGUGAGUGCGAUGAAAUUGGCUUUUGCACGAAGAGCUGCUAUGAUCAGGAUCAAUGUUCUUGCGGAGAAGUUUGUCACUCUGAAAAGUGUCGCAUCAAGUGCGAUGUUAACAACUAUUGUCCAAAGGGAUACGUUUGCGACCAAGGACUAUGCCUCAUUGGUUGCCGCACUUAUUCCGACUGUCCUUCCUCCUUAUCCUGUGUCAGUGGUCAGUGCGAGGAUCCAUGCUCAGCUAAUGGAUCUCCCUGUGGAACCAACGCACUGUGUCGUGUCUCGAAUCACAGAGCAGUGUGCUUGUGCCCAGAAGGAUACCAGGGAGAACCCAGUCAAGAAUGUUACCAACUGGAAUGUCAUCAUGACGACGACUGUGAGGCCAACAAACGAUGCAGCGAGGAUGGCGUUUGCACAAAUCCUUGUUUGCAACAUGGUGUCUGCGGCUUCAACGCACAGUGCAGAGUGGUUAACAGGAAGGCUCAGUGCUCUUGUCCACCUGGACACUACGGAAAUCCUAAGAUCAACUGUAAGAAAGGUGGAGACGAGUGUUUAAGGAGACCGUGCGGCGUGAAUGCGAAGUGCAGAGAAACUCUGAAUGGAUUCGAAUGUACCUGCGAUCCUGGAUGCCACGGAGAUCCUCAUCAAGCUUGCAUCUGCGACGGAGGGGAGCUGUGCAAGGAUAUGCGUUGCGGAGUGAACGCUGCAUGCAGGAUUUAUAAGAAUCAACCACAGUGCUACUGUCCAUCGAAUUAUCCAUCCGGAGAUCCGACGCAGGCGUGUAGCGCAGACAAGAGUUUAGGGGACUGUCGCACGAACGGUUGCGGUAAAGGGGCUGAAUGCAUACGAGACGGUGCGAUAUUCGUAUGCAGAUGUCCACCGGGUACCAGUGGAUCGCCGGAUAUCGAGUGCACCACAGAGCGCGAAUGCACCAGCGACCUAGAGUGCCCCAAUGAAAAAGCCUGCAUAAAUCUGCAAUGCGUGGACCCGUGCGGUCUCCGCGGUGCCUGUGGGAUCAACGCCCUGUGUCGUGUGGUUCUGCACAAGCCACGAUGUUCCUGCCCUCAGUGUUAUAUCGGUAUGCCUCACACGGCCUGUCAUCCAGACCCCAAAUGCGAAACGCUGAAUCCCAGACCUACGCCGAACAUCGGUUGCUCGUCCGAUCGCGACUGUCCAGAGAGUCUAUCCUGUCAUUCUCGUACCGGAGAGUGUCGUGAUCCGUGUCUAAGUUCACAAUACACCUGCGAAGUAAAUAAGAGAUGCCAGGUGCGGAACCACAGGCCCAUGUGCGUGUGCAAAUACGGAUUCGUCGUGAACGAGGUCGGGGAGCUGACCUGCGCCCCCGACACGUUGACAUGCACGAGGGAUUUCGACUGUCCGUCGAACGCCGCGUGCGUUAAUGGAAAAUGCCAGAAUCCGUGUAACGUGAGAAAGAAAAAGCCAUGUCCGGCUGAUAAAACCUGCGAUGUCCUGGACCACCGUCCCGUCUGCAUAUGCACACAAAACUGCAAUCCCUCCCUCUCCAUUUGCCUGCGAGACAGUGGCUGCUCUCCAGACUUGGCGUGCCGCAACUAUCGCUGCGUGGACCCAUGCAGAAACUCCACCUGUCCGGCUGAUGCCCCCUGUUACGUGGAGGAGCACAAGCCUAUCUGCAAGUUCUGUCCCCCCGGCUUUGUGCCAGACACUAAAUACGGAUGCAUGAAAGCAGUACUUCACCACACGCCCGACCGUUUCUGCGAGUCCGAUGACGACUGCAGCGACACAGAAGCCUGUGUCGAUGGAUCCUGCGUUGAUCCUUGCGUCGGCCACUGUCGAUCGACAGUUCGAUGUCGGGUUAAAGCACACAGGCCUGUUUGUGGCUGCGACCAAUACGAUCACACUUGUACAAACACCACCACAACUAUGCAAACUUUCGAUUAUUCGACAUCAGAAAUCUACGAGAUGACUACACUUUCGACAACUAUGCAAUCUAAUUUUGAUAUCACAGCAUAUACUUCUUCUACUAUUACGGAGGAAAGUACAACGAUUCCGUAUUCGAGUGAAAGUACAGAAUCUUCAAGCGAAGUAGCCACUGAAACUUCUGAGACCCCUAUGACAACUAUACAAACUUUCGAUUAUUCGACACCAGAAACUUACGGGAUAACUACACUUUCAACAACUACGCAAUCGAAUUUUAAUACCACAGCAUAUACUUCUACUGUUACGGAGGAAAGUACGAUCCCGUAUUCGAGUGAAAGUACAGAAUCUUCAAGUGAAGCAGCUACUGAAACUUCUGAGGCCUCUAUGACAACUAUGAAAACUUUCGAUUAUUCGACACCAGAAAUGUACGAAAUGACUACACUUUCAACAACUACGCAAUCUAAUUUUAAUAUCACAGCAUAUACUUCUUCUACUGUUACGGAGGAAAGUACGAUUCCGUAUUCGAGUGGAAGUACAGAAUCUCCGAGCGGAAGUACAGAAUCUUCAAGUGAAGUAGCUACUGAAACUUCUGAGGCCCCUAUGACAACUACACAAACUUUCGAUUAUUCAACACCAGAAACUUACGGGAUGACUACACUUUCAACAACUACGCAAUCUAAUUUUAAUACCACAGCAUAUACUUCUACUGUUACGGAGGAAAGUACGAUUCCGUAUUCGAGUGGAAGUACAGAAUCUUCAAGUGAAGUAAUCACUGGAAUUUCUGAGACUUCUAUUAUUCAAGAAAGUACAUCCGUCUCCAUGGAAAGCAAACCAACUUUAAGUACAACAGUAGCGGAUGAUGUAUUUAGAACUUCCACGACGUUGACAACAGAUGUCGAAGGUGUAGAAAGUACUACUGCUUCAGGCGUCUCAGAAGUGUUUACCGUUAAAGAUAUUUCCGAAGAAAGUACCGAAAUUAUUCCAACAGUGAAAGAUAUUGAAUUCAGUAGUGAGAAAUUUUCUGAAAGUGAGACAACUACUAUGUCUUACGUUAAUACUACGCGGUAUAUAUCGACUACUGAAAUGACGUUUACUACGACUUUAAUGAAAGAAACGAAUGUAAGUACAGAAGUAACUGAACCGACAAAAGUGCAGAUAGUCACUCCUGUUACAUAUGUUUAUCCUCCAGAUGAGACGUUGCCAUUGGGUCAUGUUGUUACUGUUACUCCGAUAUGUGUAGGUGAGUAUACUACAGAGGUGCCAGAGAUCACUGAAUCGACAAGUAUGUCUAGUAGUUUUAUUGAGAAUGUUACAAUGGGCGAAAGUUCCAGUACAAUGGGAUUGAUUACUGAGAAUUUAAAUGUAGGGACGACAGAAAAUGUAACAUUGAUAACUGUGACAGCAGAAUAUCCUCAGAAACAUGAAACAACAAUCGAGUCAACGACAGAGAUGUCGCAAAUAACAGGGGAAUAUUCGACAGAGCCAUUUUACCAUUACACACCUUUAGAAUCUUCUACAAGUAAAUUGGAAACAACUACUGAAAGAUCAACCGAACGAUCUUUUAUAACAGACUUUUUCACGAAAGAACCUUCAGUAACAAUGUAUUCUACGGAAGAAUCUUUGGAAACCUCAACGAUUGAGCAGCCACGAACAACAAUGCAAUAUAUUACGGAUCAACCUUCUACAACUAGUCAGUUUUCUACCGAACAACCAUCAACGACAACACAAUAUUCAACAGAACAAUCUUUUACGACUCUACAGUAUUCAACAGAAUCACCAUUGACAACUGAACAAUAUACUACGGAACAAUCUUCUACAACUGGUCAGUUUUCUACUGAACAAAAAUCAACAACAACACAAUAUUCAACAGAACAAUCUUUUACGACUCUACAGUAUUCAACAGAAUCACCAUUGACAACUGAACAAUAUACUACGGAACAAUCUUCUACAACUGGUCAGUUUUCUACUGAACAAAAAUCAACAACAACACAAUAUUCAACAGAACAAUCUUUUACAACUCUACAGCAUUCAACAGAGUCACCAUUGACAACUGAACAAUAUACCACGGAACAACCUUCUAUAACUAGUCAGUUUUCUACUGAACAACAAUCAACAACAACACAAUAUUCAACAGAACAAUCUUUUACAACUCUACAGUAUUCAACAGAGUCACCAUUGACAACUGAACAAUAUGCCACGGAACAACCUUCUACAACUGGUCAGUUUUCUACUGAACAACAAUCAACAACAACACAAUAUUCAACAGAACAAUCUUUUACGACUCUACAGUAUUCAACAGAGUCACCAUUGACAACUGAACAAUAUACCACAGAACAAUCUACUGCAACUAGUCAGUUUUCUAUCGAACAACAAUCAACGACAACACAAUAUUCAACAGAACAAUCUUUUACGACUCUACAGUAUUCAACAGAAUCACCACUGACAACUGAACAAUAUGCCACGGAACAACCUUCUACAACUGGUCAGUUUCCUACUGAACAACAAUCAACAACAACACAAUAUUCAACAGAACAAUCUUUUACGACUCUACAGUAUUCAACAGAGUCACCAUUGACAACUGAACAAUAUACCACAGAACAAUCUACUGCAACUAGUCAGUUUUCUAUCGAACAACAAUCAACGACAACACAGUAUUCUACAGAACAAUCUUUUACAACUCUAAAUUAUUCAACAGAAUCACCAUUGACAACUGAACAAUAUGCCACGGAACAACCUUCUACAACUGGUCAGUUUCCUACUGAACAACAAACAAUAACAACACAGUACCCAACAGAAAAAUCUUCUAAAAGCUUACAAUAUACGACACAGCUCCCUCUAAUAACUGAAUAUACCAACGAACAAAGGUCAACAACUGAGCAACCAGAAACAACAAUGCACUAUAUGACAGAACUAUCAUUUACAAGUAGUCAAUAUUCCACUAAACAAGAAUUAACAACAACGCAAUAUCCUGAAAAAUCUUCUAUAACUUCACAAUAUUCAACAGAACAUCUUUCAACGACUGAACAAUACACCACGGAACAAUCUACAACUAAUGAAUAUGUAGUCGAACAACAACCAUCGACAAUACAGUAUUCAACAGAACUCUCAACUGAACAGCCUUCAACAGUUCAACAAUAUUCUACGGAACAGCCACAAACAACUAUACAAUAUUCCACGGAACACUUACGAACAACAACGCAGUACUCAACGAAACAACCCCCAACAACUAAUCGAUAUUCCACCGAACAACAAUCAACAAGCACACAGUAUUCAACAGAGCUCUCAACCAUUGAACAUAUCACGGAACAGCCUUCAACAAUUCAACAAUAUUCCACGGAGCAGCCACAAACAACUAUGCAAUAUUCCACGGAAUACUUACGAACAACAACGCAAUAUUUAACGGAACAACCUUCAACAACUAAUCGAUAUUUCACUGAACAACAACCAACAACAAUACAGUAUUCAACAGAACUUCCAACUACCGAAUAUAUCACGGAACAGCCUUUGACAGUUCAACAAUAUUCCACGGAGCAGCCACAAACAACUAUGCAAUAUUCUACGGAAUACUUACGAACAACAACGCAAUAUUCAACGGAACAACCUUCAACAACUAAUCCAUAUUUCUCCGAACAACAACCAGCAACAACACGGUAUACAACAGAACUCUCAACUACUGAGGAACAACGUCCAACAAUCCAACAGUAUUCCACGGAACAGACACACACAACAAUACAAUAUUCCACGGAACAACCUACAAUAACUGUACCAUACUCCACAGAGCUAGAACAAUCUUCCACAGAGUCAUAUCCCACAUUAACAACUCCUAUAAAUACUCCAGGGCAGAUACCUUGCGACCAAACCACCAUCAAUGAUUCCGAAUGUAAUAUUUGUUUGAACGAUACGUGUCGGCCCGUGUGCUUCAACCUAACAGUGAACCAGAGUACAUCUAAUUGUAGCAUACUCCCAGAUACCAAAUGCAAAACGCACGACGACUGUCUUUCUCAAUUGGCCUGCAUAAACGAUCAGUGUCUGAACCCGUGCACUCUUCAUAAUCCUUGCGACUUCGUGGAAGUCUGCCAUGUUCAAGACCACAGACCCGUUUGCGUGAAAGAUGUAACAAACGAUAAAACAGACUGUCCCUACUGUCCAGCGGGUAUGGAGUGCGAUCCAGCGACGUAUACUUGCGUAAAAGCGGGUUGCACUAGCGACAAAGAUUGCCCGCUGACAGAGGCGUGCAUUGAGGGCACUUGUCAGGAACCUUGCCUCGUUUGGAAUCCUUGCACCAAAAACGCGAUCUGCGUUAACACCAAUCACCAAGCGGAUUGCAGCUGCGAGGACGGUUACCAUGGAAAUGGAUUCUCCUACUGUGAACCAGAAGAAGAAAGCAGAAACGUAUGUCAAUACAACGAAGAUUGUCCAUCGAGCAAAUAUUGUGAUCGCCUUAACCGGAAGUGCAUCGAUCCAUGCUUGGAGAACGAUUGCGGUGUGAACGCGAAUUGUUAUCCAGAGAAUCAUCAAGCUCAAUGCAAGUGUUUGCCUGGAUUCCAAGGAAAUCCUCAAGUUGGAUGCACACUAGCGACCACCAAUCCGUGUGUUCCAAACCCUUGUGGUUUGGACGCCAUGUGCGAGAACGAUAAUGGCAAUCCUAUAUGCUUCUGUCCGAAAGGAUUAACUGGAAAUCCGUUUGAACAGUGUAUACCAGAAGGUGACCAGUGCCAAGAAAAUCCAUGUGGCGUUAAUUCUGGAUGUCGCGUGGUGUCAGGGCAAGUGAGAUGCUUCUGUUUGCCAGGAUACGAGGGGAAACCACCUGCUUCCCCUUGCACGCUUCCUAGCAACCCUUGCGAGCCAUCUCCUUGUGGACCUAACACUCAAUGUACCGUAUUGAACAACGGCCUUUCGAAAUGUACUUGUCUACCAGGAUACAUUGAGAGUCCAAAUACGAUCAGGGGAUGCGUGCCUAAGUCUGAUCAGUGUAGUCCUAAUCCCUGUGGACUUGGUGCUAAGUGUGACUCGGAUAGAGUACCUCCUUGUUAUUGUCCGGAGCAUACCGUUGGAAAUCCUUAUCAGAGUUGCGCAGUAACUCCAUCAGAUACAUACUCACCUUGCCUGCUAGUUCCUUGCGGAAAGAACGCGGUCUGUGUCGAGGAGGAUGGCAUUGGAAAAUGCAAGUGUGUUCCACCAUUUAUUGGAAAUCCAUACAUGGACGGUUGCGAAGCGGAAUGUAUCGUGAACCAAGACUGCGACAAUCAUCUUGCGUGUUUCAAUCAGCACUGUAGAGAUCCUUGUCCAGGUGUUUGCGGUUCCAAUGCAAAAUGCGAAGUGGUUGAUCAUGUUCCAGUUUGUUCUUGUUUACCUGGCUACACCGGCGAUCCGUUUGGCUCUUGCAAACUCGAGACGUCUCCUCUUCCAGCUCAGAAUCCUUGCAUGCCAUCGCCUUGCGGACCGCACAGUAUCUGUCGCGUGAUGAACGAUCGUGCGGUUUGUUCGUGCAGUCCAGGAUACCAUGGAACAUCGCCUAAUUGUCGUCCAGAAUGUCUAGUUAGCUCAGAAUGUCCUGCACAUUUGGCUUGUAUCGGUCAAAAAUGUGGUGAUCCUUGCCCUGGUCUCUGUGGACAGAAUGCUUUAUGCCAGGUCGUCAAUCACAACCCCAUUUGUAGUUGUCCUUCGGAUUACCUCGGUGAUCCUUUCACUCAAUGCGUCAAAGAAGAUAUACCACUGCCAAGACCAAAAAAUCCGUGUUUACCAUCGCCCUGUGGCCCGAACGCCGAGUGUCGUGUGCAAGAGGAUCAUCCAGUUUGCACGUGUAUCAGUGGAAUGUUCGGAGCACCGCCGCUUUGCAGACCAGAGUGUUCGAUUCAUCAAGACUGUCCACACUAUCUCGCCUGUGUUCAAAAGAAAUGCGUGGAUCCUUGCGCUGGUUCUUGCGGAUUUAAUACCAACUGCACCGUGCAGAACCAUCGGCCGAUGUGUCAAUGUAACGAGGGUUACGAAGGGGAUCCAUUCUCUGGAUGUAGCAAAGUUACUUUCCCAGUGCCACUGCCAUGCGAUCCAUCGCCGUGUGGCGCGAAUGCAAUUUGCAAAGAACGAAACGGAGCUGGUUCGUGUAGCUGUCUACCCGACUACACCGGAGACCCAUAUCAAGGAUGUAGACCAGAAUGUGUUCAAAAUUCAGACUGUGUUCAUACGAAGGCUUGUAUAAACAAUAAAUGCAAGGAUCCAUGCGUGGGUGCGUGUGGUAUAAAUGCUCAAUGUCAAGUGAUCAAUCAUCAACCCUCGUGCAGCUGUCUCUCUGGCUACACGGGAGAUCCAUUAAAAUCCUGCCAUAUAUCGCCUGUAACACCACUGCCACGUGAUCCAUGCCAACCAUCACCUUGUGGAUCAUAUAGUAAUUGUCGCGUGAUCGACAAUCAUGCGGUUUGUUCCUGCCAGCCAGAUUAUGUUGGUAGUCCUCCGCAAUGUAGACCAGAGUGUGUGGUUAGCACAGAUUGCGCUCAGAAUAUGGCUUGUAUCAAUCAGAGGUGCAGGGAUCCUUGUCCAGGCACUUGUGGUCAGAAUGCUGAUUGUCAAGUUAUCAACCAUAAUCCCGUAUGCAGUUGCGCCUCUGGAUACACCGGAGAUCCGUUCUUUGGUUGUGUUAAAGAAGUGGAACCGAAACAACCUGGACCAAAACCAAGUGGAAAUCCAUGCAUUCCAUCGCCUUGCGGUCCGAAUUCUCAGUGUCGCGUGAUUGAUGGAUUCCCAGCAUGUUCAUGUCUACCGAAUUACGUAGGCAGAGCACCGAAUUGUCGACCGGAGUGUGUUAUCAACGAAGGAUGUCCUGGAAAUCUUGCAUGUCAGAACGAACAGUGUGUAGAUCCUUGCCCGGGAUCCUGUGGUGUGAAUACUUACUGCAAUGUCGUGAAACACAAUCCAGUUUGUAUCUGCAACACCGGGUACACUGGAAAUCCAUUCACCGAAUGCGUACCUAUCAUGAAAGUACCCACAACCACGGAACAACCGCGCACGCCAUGCAAUCCAUCUCCGUGCGGAGCGAACGCGAUCUGCAACGAACGCAACGGCGUAGGAUCUUGUACUUGUCGUCCAGAAUACAUCGGCGAUCCCUACACAGGAUGUCGACCAGAAUGUGUGACAAACACCGACUGCGAUCGUAGCAAGGCUUGCCUGAACAAUAAAUGCGUGAAUCCAUGCCCUGGCACAUGCGGCCAGGGAGCAACUUGUCGCGUGAUCAAUCACGCUCCAUCGUGUUCCUGUCUUCCUGGUUUCACCGGGGAUCCUUUCAGCGCCUGCGCAGUAUUCGAAGUGACACCAACCUCACCGCCACUAAAUCCCUGCGAACCAUCGCCAUGUGGACCUAACAGCAACUGUCGUGUUCACAAUGGACACGCUGUGUGUCUUUGUCAAUUAGGAUUCGUCGGUGUUCCUCCAACCUGUCGUCCAGAAUGCACAGUGAGCUCGGAAUGUUCUCAAAACAAAGCAUGCAUCGAUAACAAGUGCGCAGAUCCUUGUCCAGGUUCUUGUGGGUUGAAUACCAAAUGUCUGACAGUGAAUCACAAUCCCAUUUGUACUUGCACUAAUGGAUAUACUGGCAAUCCACUGGUACAGUGCACCAAAUUUAACGUGUCUCAACCACCGUUUAAGGAUCUUGGAAGUCCGUGCACUCCUAAUCCUUGCGGACCUAAUUCUCAAUGCAGAGUUAUUGGUUCUCAACCAGCUUGUUCUUGUUUGUCGAACUUCAUCGGUCGACCACCGAAUUGUAGACCGGAGUGCACUGAUAACUCGGAUUGCUUCCAUUCGGCCGCGUGUAUUAACCAGAGAUGCAAGAGUCCUUGUCCCGGAGCCUGUGGAGAGUUGGCUAGGUGCUCCGUUCAGAAUCACGUUCCGAUUUGUACGUGUCCCGAGGGUUAUGAAGGCGAUGCCACUGUUCGGUGCAUUCUGGCACCUCCUCCAGCAACGGACAUAAGUGUAACAAACCCAUGUUCUCCGAAUCCAUGCGGUCCAAACGCUCAAUGUCGCGAACGAAACGGUGCAGGAGCCUGUGCAUGUCCACCAGAUCUUAUCGGAGAUCCGUACGAUAACGCGAAGGGAUGUCACAGAGAGUGUGAAUCGAACAACGAUUGUGCUCCACAAUUAACCUGCGUUGGUUUCAAGUGUUCUGAUCCGUGCCCAAGCACUUGCGGUACAUUAUCCAUCUGUAAUGUUCAGGAACAUGUUCCAGUGUGUACUUGUCCUCCAGAAUACACGGGAGACCCGUACUUCGCUUGCGAAGUUAAGGAAAUAUUGAGAGAACCAUUGGAUCCAUGUUCACCAUCACCGUGUGGACCCAAUAGUAAGUGUCGCGAAGUGAAUGGUCAAGCAGUCUGCACGUGUCUUCCGGAAUACAGAGGAAUCCCACCGAACUGUAGACCUCACUGUGUGGUCAAUGCUGAAUGUCCAGCUCACUUGGCCUGUUUGAAUAAGAAAUGCAUGGAUCCAUGUCCAAACACCUGUGGAUUGAGAGCAUUGUGUACUACUAAGAAUCAUAAUCCUAUUUGUACUUGUCCUGUUGGAUUUACGGGAGAUCCUUUCUCACUAUGCUCGCCUGCUCAAGAAGUUCAACCGUUCACGGAACGACCGCCGUCCUGCACUCCAUCACCCUGCGGUCCGAAUUCCCUGUGCCAGAUCAUAUCCGGAAACCCAGCGUGCUCCUGUUUACCAAAUUACAUCGGUGUUCCUCCAGAGUGCAGACCAGAGUGCAUUCUAAGUUCCGAAUGCAAGAGUCACCUUGCUUGUGUGAACCAGAAAUGUCAGGAUCCUUGUCCAGGAUCUUGUGGCGUUAAUGCUCAGUGUCACGUACUGAAUCAUAUUCCUGUUUGCACCUGUAUGAAUGGUUUCACCGGUGAUCCAUUUACACAGUGCACAGUGAUUCCACCAACAACUGUACCAUCUGUGAGCGAUCCAUGCAGCCCAUCGCCUUGUGGACCUAACGCUAUAUGCAAAAAUGGAGAUUGCGAGUGUUUACCUGAAUAUAUCGGCAAUCCGUACGAAGCUUGUCGACCAGAAUGUAUUCUCAAUUCGGAAUGUGCACGCGAUAAGACUUGUCUGAAGAAUAAGUGCAGAGAUCCUUGCCCUGGCACAUGCGGACAGAAUGCGGUGUGCGAUGUUGUGAAUCAUAUUCCUGUGUGUUCCUGUAUACCUGGAUACAUUGGAGAUCCGUUCGUCAGUUGUCGUGUCCAACCACAAGUUCCAGAAGCAAUGAAAGAUCCAUGCUCGCCCUCACCAUGUGGGCCAAACAGCCAAUGUCGUAACAUCGAGGACCACGCAGUGUGUUCUUGUCUUCAGGGAUAUCUUGGAUCACCACCUUCGUGCAGACCAGAAUGCGUGGUCAGUACGGAAUGUCCUCCGACUCGUGCCUGCGUGAACAAAAAAUGUACGGAUCCUUGUUUGGGUUCUUGCGGCUUGAACGCCAGAUGCGAAGUGAUCAAUCAUUCGCCGAUCUGUAGUUGUCUUUCUGGACAGACUGGGGAUCCUUUCAAGAGCUGCUACGAUACUCCGAUCUUACCAGACGUCAAAGACACGGGAGAUCCGUGCAAUCCAUCGCCAUGCGGUCCGAAUGCUCAAUGCCACAACGUGAAUGGUUAUCCAUCCUGUUCUUGUCUUCCAACUUAUAUCGGAACCCCGCCAUCUUGUCGUCCGGAGUGUCUCAUAAAUCCCGACUGCCCAUCGGACAAAGCUUGCGUCAAUUCCAAAUGCACGGAUCCUUGUGCAGGGUCCUGUGCCGAAAAUGCCAGGUGUUUGGUAGUCAAUCAUGCUGUUACCUGCUCAUGUCCAGCCGACUACACAGGAAAUCCUUUCGUUCAGUGUGUCGAACUGGAUCAAGAACCAAUCAAUCCAUGCGAGCCUUCGCCUUGUGGUCCAAACGCGAUCUGCCAACAACGUGACAACGUCGGUGCUUGUAUCUGCAUCGACGAUUACCACGGAAAUCCCUACGAAGGCUGUCAGCCAGAAUGCAUUCUCAGUUCAGACUGUCCAACGAACAAAGCCUGCGUUCGCAACAAAUGUGAAGAUCCGUGUCCAGGAAUAUGCGGCAUCCAGGCUCAGUGUUCCGUCAUCAAUCAUAUCCCUACUUGCACAUGUCAGCCUGGCUACGUAGGAGAUCCAUUCAGCGUCUGUAAUUUACCAAUCAAUGCAGACACUGAGCCUACUGUCACUGAUCCAUGUAGUCCUACGCCUUGCGGACCCAAUAGCUUGUGUAGAGCCGUGAAAGAUCAAGCUGUGUGUACUUGCCAGGAAUCGUUCGUUGGCUCUCCGCCUAACUGCAAGCCUGAGUGUGUCGUAAAUUCUGAAUGUCCUCAAAAUAGGGCUUGUUACAAAUACAAGUGUAAUGAUCCUUGUCCUGGAACGUGUGGAGUGGGAGCUAAUUGUCGUGUAAUUAAUCACAAUCCGCUGUGCAGCUGCCCUCAGGGUACUACGGGAGAUCCUUUCUCUAGAUGCUAUCCUCAGACGAUCACACCAACGCCACCAGUGGGUGAUCCUUGCAGUCCAAGUCCGUGCGGCCUCUACGCAGAAUGUAGAGCAAUUGGAGAUCAAGCUGCUUGUUCAUGCCUCAAGAACUACAUAGGGUUACCACCAAAUUGUCGACCAGAGUGUGUCGUUAACACAGAUUGUCCUUCUAAUCAAGCCUGCAUCUCGGAAAAAUGCAGAGACCCUUGCAUUGGAUCGUGUGGACAAAACGCAGAUUGCAGGGUGCAGAAUCACAUUCCUGUCUGCUUGUGCCAAUCAGGAUACACCGGCGAUCCUUUCACGCUAUGCUCGCAGAUAAUAGAACAACCAAAACCAGAAGAUCUGUGCAAUCCAUCCCCCUGUGGACCAAACGCAGAUUGCAGAGAGGGAAUCUGCACGUGCCUUCCAAACUAUUUCGGUGAUCCAUACUCGUACUGUCGUCCAGAAUGCACUAUGAAUUCGGACUGCUCUCGAGUAAAGGCGUGUGUCAAUCAAUUUUGCGUGGAUCCUUGUAUUGGCACGUGUGGAACCAAUGCGAAAUGCGACGUGGUCAAUCACAUUCCUAUGUGCAGCUGUUUCCCUGGUACCACUGGAGAUCCGUUCACACUGUGUCGACCACAGAUAUCUGAAGAACCAAGAAAACAACCAUGCACACCGUCUCCCUGUGGGCCGAACAGCAUUUGCAAGGUGGUGAACGAUCAUGCAGUCUGCUCUUGUCAGACUGACUUUAUCGGUAGUCCUCCUGCGUGCAGACCAGAGUGUGUAGUGAGUGCCGAGUGUCCGUUAACUCAGGCGUGUCUCGCUAACAAGUGUCAAGAUCCCUGUCCAGGAACUUGUGGACAGAAUACCAAGUGUCAAGUAGUCAAUCACAAUCCAAUAUGCAGCUGCUCCGAGGGACACACUGGCGAUCCUUUCACUAGAUGUUACAUCAUGCCCAGACAACCACCAGUACCAACGAACCCGUGUCAACCAUCUCCGUGCGGUCCGAACGCGGAAUGCCAAGUGCGAGGUGAUAGUUCAGCGUGUUCGUGUAUCGAAAAUUACAUCGGUGUUCCACCAAAUUGUAGACCUCAGUGUACGAUUAAUCCCGAGUGUCCGCCGCAUUUAGCGUGUAUGCAACAAAAGUGUCGCGAUCCGUGCGUCGGUCUGUGCGGUUUGAACGCUCAGUGUACGGUGGUGAAUCAUCACGCGGUGUGUGCUUGCGUCGAUGGUUACAGCGGAAAUCCGUUCAGCGUUUGCGAGGCGAUCCCGAAGGAUACACCCUUAGAUAUUAGGAAACCAUGCGAGCCAUCCCCCUGUGGUACCAACGCGAUCUGUCGCGAGAACAAUGGCGUCGGUUCCUGUUCCUGUCUGCCAGACUACAUUGGUGACCCCUACGAAGGAUGCAGACCCGAAUGUACCCAAAAUCCCGAUUGCUCCAAGACGAUGGCCUGCAUGGGCCUCAAGUGCCGAGACCCCUGUCCAGGAACCUGUGGAUUGCAAGCCCGUUGCGAAACGAUCAAUCACGUACCUGCGUGUUCAUGUAACCCUGGAUACACUGGCAAUCCGUUCACUUAUUGCUCCCCCAUCUCCGCUGCUCCAAACCCCAUAGAGUCAGACCCUUGUAGUCCGUCUCCAUGCGGACCGAAUAGUCAAUGUCGAAACGUCAACGACCAUGCUGUGUGUACCUGCCUGGCAAAUUUCAUUGGAAGCCCACCAACUUGUCGACCCGAAUGCGUGGUAAACAGUGAAUGUUCGAGGGAACUUGCGUGCAUUAAUCAAAAAUGCGCGUCCCCGUGCACGAACUCGUGUGGUAUCAACACGCAGUGUAAGGUGAUCAACCACAGCCCCAUAUGCAUCUGCAAUAUUGGAUACACUGGUGAUCCGUUUACGAAAUGCUUCCCUACUCCACAAUCACCCCAGAAAGACACUGACCUCGCUCCCAAAGAUCCGUGUGUGCCAUCACCUUGUGGCAUGUACGCGGAAUGCAGGAACAUCGGUGGUACAGCCUCUUGUUCCUGUCUGCCAAGAUAUAUCGGAUCCCCACCGACCUGUCGACCGGAAUGUCGCGUGAAUUCAGAUUGUCCCAUGAAUCUUGCGUGUACCAAUGAGAAGUGCAGAGAUCCUUGCCAAGGGUCCUGUGGUGUCACGUCCUUGUGCACGGUUUACAACCACGUGCCUGUGUGUACAUGCCCUGAAGGAUAUACCGGCGAUCCUUUCAGCAAUUGCUAUCCUGCACCCAUUAAACCAACUGAACCAACCGUUGUUGACCCUUGUGCAUCGUCACCGUGUGGACCUAAUGCACGUUGCGACGGUGGAAUUUGUACAUGUUUACCAGAGUAUCAGGGAGACCCUUACGUUGGUUGUCGACCAGAGUGCGUACUGAAUACGGAUUGUCCUCAGAAUCGAGCUUGCAUCAGGAAUAAGUGUGUCGAUCCUUGCCCUGGUACAUGUGGUCAAAAUGCUCAGUGUCUGAUAUUCAAUCAUGUGCCCAUGUGCAGCUGCCCUAGUGGAAUGGUCGGAAAUGCAUUUGUUCAGUGCACUGUCCUUCAAGAUACCGAAAAGGGUAACCCAUGCUCUCCUUCGCCAUGUGGACCAAACAGUAUCUGCCGAGAAAUCAAUGGACAACCUGUCUGCUCCUGCGUAGCCGGAUACUUAGGAGCACCACCAACUUGCAGACCAGAAUGUACAGUCAGUUCCGAUUGCCCCCCGACACAGGCUUGCACUAAUCAGAAAUGUGUCAAUCCCUGCCCUGGUACAUGUGGGUUUAGAGCCAUUUGCAAUGUUGUCAAUCAUAAUCCGAUAUGCAGCUGUCCACCUGAACUCUCUGGCGAUCCAUUUGUCCAGUGUGUUCCACGACCACCCGAGCCGGCUGUACCGCAAAACCCAUGCGAACCCUCUCCAUGUGGACCCAAUGCAGAAUGCAGAGUCGUCAAUGAUGCUCCCUCUUGCUCUUGUUUAUCGCAGUUCAUAGGUACCCCACCAAAUUGUAGACCCGAAUGUGGCAGCAACAGCGAAUGCCCCAGUCAGUUGGCUUGCAUCAAUCAGAAGUGCAGAGAUCCUUGUCCUGGAUCCUGCGGGGCAAACGCGGAAUGUCGUGUUGUUAGUCAUACCCCUAUGUGUGCCUGUUUGAAUGACUAUACUGGUGAUCCCUUCACUCAGUGUACACCUACGCCACUUGUUCCCGUCAAUCUCUCCCCAUGUAGUCCAUCACCGUGUGGUUUUAAUGCUAUAUGCAAAGAACAGAACGGUGUCGGAUCAUGUUCCUGUGCUGCUGAUUACAUCGGCAACCCUUAUGAAGGAUGCCGCCCCGAAUGUGUCGUUGACACUGAUUGUCCAUCUACACUGAGCUGUAUACGUUCCAAAUGUCAAGACCCAUGCCCGGGCACCUGUGGCGCAAACGCAGAGUGUAAGGUUAUCAAUCAUCGGCCUGCGUGCACAUGCAUUCCAGGUUACAGUGGAAAUCCCUUCCAAUACUGCUCCAUAAUACCCGCAAUAGAGGAUGAGACGAAGUAUAAGGAUCCCUGCAGUCCUUCGCCUUGCGGACCCAACAGUCAGUGUCGCGUAGUAAACGGGCAAGGUGUCUGCUCUUGUCUGGCAGAAUUCACUGGCACACCUCCCAUGUGUCGUCCCGAGUGUACUUUAAAUUCAGAAUGUCCACAAGAUCGUGCGUGCGUUAACCAAAAGUGUGUUAAUCCAUGUCCUGCCUCUUGCGGAACAUUCGCCACUUGUGUAGUCAGGAACCAUAGUCCAAUCUGUGCGUGCAGAGAAUCAUAUACCGGAGAUCCUUUUACCACAUGUUUCCCCACGCCACAAGCUACACCUCCUACAGCAGUCCAAGUUUCACAACCCUGUUUGCCUUCUCCGUGUGGUCCAAAUUCAGAAUGCCGUAUAGUUAACGGAGGUCCAUCUUGUCAAUGUCUACCAACUUAUAUUGGAAGUCCACCAAACUGUCGUCCUGAAUGUACAGUAAACUCUGACUGUUCCCCUAGUCAAGCUUGUAUGAGAGAAAGGUGCAGAGAUCCUUGCCCAGGUUCUUGUGGUUCCAAUGCUCAAUGUAUGGUCUUGAACCAUAUCCCAAUAUGCUCCUGUUUCGAAGGAUACACGGGAGAUCCUUUCAGCAAUUGCUAUCCAGCUCCUAUUAGACCAAUUGAACCAAACGUUGUCGAUUCCUGUGCAUCGUCGCCUUGUGGUCCUAAUGCACGCUGCGACAAUGGAGUCUGUACAUGUUUACCAGAGUACCAGGGUGACCCUUAUGUUGGAUGCCGACCAGAAUGCGUAUUAAAUACGGAUUGCCCUUUAAAUCGAGCUUGUAUAAGAAAUAAGUGUGUCGACCCUUGUCCUGGAACAUGUGGCUUAAAUGCAGAGUGUCGCGUAUAUAAUCACGUACCCAUGUGCAGUUGCCCCAGUGGAAUGGUUGGAAAUGCGUUUGUUCAGUGCAAUAUCCUACAAGAUACCGUAAAAGGAAACCCAUGUUCGCCCUCGCCGUGUGGACCAAACAGUGUUUGUCGAGAGAUUAAUGGUCAGCCUGUCUGCUCCUGUGUAACAGGCUAUUUAGGAGCACCACCUUCUUGUAGACCAGAAUGUACAGUCAGCUCCGAUUGUCCCUUGACAGAAGCUUGUAAUAAUCAGAAGUGUGUAAAUCCUUGCCCCGGUUCGUGCGGAUUCAGAGCUACUUGCAACGUUGUAAAUCACAAUCCUAUAUGCAGCUGUCCAUCUGAACUCUCUGGCGAUCCAUUUGUUCAGUGUGUUCCACGACCACCCGAGCCCGCAGUACCGCAAAACCCAUGCGAACCCUCUCCAUGUGGACCCAAUGCAGAAUGCAGAGUCGUCAAUGAUGCUCCCUCUUGCUCGUGUUUCUCGGAAUUUAUAGGCAGCCCACCCAAUUGCAGACCUGAAUGCGCCAGCAAUAGCGAAUGUCCAAGUCAGUUGGCCUGCGUGAAUCAGAAGUGCAGAGACCCUUGCCCUGGAUCCUGUGGGACGAACGCUGAAUGUCGUGUUGUCAGUCAUACUCCUCUGUGUGUCUGCCCUAGCGACUAUACUGGAGAUCCUUUCACUCAAUGUUCACCCAAUCCACCUGUCCCUGUCCAUCAGUCUCCGUGCACUCCAUCACCGUGCGGUUUCAACGCGAUAUGCAAAGAACAGAACGGUGUAGGAUCCUGUAGCUGUUUGGCCGAUUACGUCGGUAACCCUUACGAAGGAUGUCGCCCCGAAUGUGUCGUUGACACUGACUGUCCAUCCACGCAGAGCUGUAUACGCUCUAGGUGUCAAGAUCCUUGCCCUGGCACAUGCGGUACAAAUGCAGAAUGCAAAGUCAUCAAUCAUCGUCCUGCAUGCACGUGUAUUCAAGGUUAUAGUGGAAAUCCUUUCCAACAUUGCGCAUUGAUACGUGAAAUAGAAGAUGAAACGAAAUACAAAGACCCGUGCAACCCUUCAUCUUGUGGACCUAACAGUCAAUGUCGCGUAGUAAAUGGCCAAGCUGUUUGCUCUUGUCUGCCAGAAUACACAGGCACGCCUCCAAUGUGUCGCCCCGAGUGUGUUCUAAACUCAGAGUGUCCUCAAGAUCGCGCCUGCGUUAACCAAAAGUGCAUGGACCCGUGUCCCAAUUCUUGUGGCACGUUUGCCACCUGUGUGGUCAAAAGUCACAGUCCGAUCUGUGCUUGCAGAGAAUCAUACACCGGAGAUCCUUUCAUCAGAUGUUUCCCUGCUCCACAAGCACUACCACCGACAGCAGUCGAAGCUACACAGCCCUGUUUGCCUUCCCCGUGUGGUCCAAAUUCAGAGUGUCGUGUAGUCAAUGGCGGUCCAUCCUGUCAAUGUCUACCCACUUACAUUGGAAGCCCUCCAAACUGUCGUCCAGAGUGUACAGUAAACUCUGACUGUUCACCUAGUAAAGCCUGUAUGGGAGAAAAAUGCAGAGACCCAUGCCCAGGUUCUUGCGGUUUCAAUGCUCAAUGUACAGUAUUCAAUCACGUUCCUAUGUGUUCCUGUAUCGCUGGAUAUACCGGUGAUCCUUUCAGUCAAUGCAAUCAACUAAUCACUCCUCCAGCUGAACCAACACAAACGGAUUUAUGUAAUCCAUCACCCUGUGGACCUAACGCUAUUUGCAACGACGGAAUCUGUUCUUGCAUGCCCGAUUACUAUGGGGAUUCCACCAUCGGUUGUCGACCAGAAUGUGUACUUAACAACGACUGCCCCCGAAACAAAGCUUGCGUGAGAAAUAAAUGCGAGAAUCCCUGCGUUGGUGCAUGUGCCCCUGAUGCAAUUUGCGACGUGGUUAAUCAUGUUCCAAUGUGCAGUUGUUCUCCUGGUUUCGAAGGAAAUGCCUUUGCAUUCUGUCGUCCAGCUAUAGCCGAACUUCCAUCUAAUCCGUGCAAUCCAUCGCCUUGCGGAUCUAACAGUCAAUGUCGAGUGAAGAAUGGCCAGGCAGUGUGCAGUUGCGUACCAGGCUAUUUAGGAAACCCGCCAAUCUGUCGCCCAGAAUGUGUAGUUAGCUCUGAUUGCCCACCAAACGAGAGUUGUAGUAAUCAGAAGUGCAUAAAUCCUUGUGUGGGCUCGUGUGGCUUGGGAGCUCGUUGCACUGUCGCGAAUCGUAAUCCUAUUUGCCACUGUCCUGAAGGAUUCACGGGAGAUCCUUUCAUUAGGUGUCUUCCACUUCCGCCAGUUCAACCAGAACCGAUAAACGUUUGUCAGCCAUCACCAUGCGGACCCAAUGCUCAGUGUCAAAUAUCAGGAAAUUCACCUUCAUGCAGUUGUUUACCAGAAUUUAUCGGUUCACCGCCAUAUUGCAAACCAGAAUGCAUUAGUAACAGCGAAUGCCCUACAAAUUUGGCGUGCAUAAAUCAAAAGUGUCGCGAUCCUUGUCCCGGUUCCUGUGGCGCCAAUGCAGAAUGCAGAAUAAUUAGCCACACGCCUAUGUGCGUUUGCUCUUCGGGCUUCGUUGGUGAUCCAUUUGUACAGUGUACUCCAAAACCAGUUGUUCAAGACCAAGAAAUAGAGAAACUCACCCCAUGCGUACCAUCUCCUUGUGGAUCUAAUGCAGUGUGUAACGAACAAAACGGCGCAGCAUCCUGUAAAUGCAUCACUGAUUAUAUUGGCAAUCCUUAUGAAGGAUGUCGGCCAGAGUGUAUCGUUAAUUCCGAUUGCUCGGCUGAUCAAGCUUGUGUUAGAUCCAAAUGUCAGAACCCUUGCCCAGGAUUCUGUGGAUACAAUGCAAUGUGUCAAGUUGUUAAUCAUGUUCCAUUAUGUACCUGUCAAUCUGGAUAUACCGGAGAUCCGUUCGUUCAAUGUAACUUUAUUCAAGCUCCACCGGAACCAGCUGACCCUUGUAAUCCAUCACCCUGCGGUCUGAACAGUCUGUGUCGUGUAUUCAAUGGACAGGCUAUCUGUUCGUGUUCACCCACGUUUUUGGGAUCUCCACCGAUGUGUAGGCCAGAGUGUACGGUCAGCUCAGAGUGUACAACAAACCGUGCUUGCAAGAACCUCAAAUGCGUCGACCCUUGCCCUGGAAUUUGUGGUAUCAAUGCUAGAUGCGAGGCCAUUAAUCACAGUCCAAUCUGUAGCUGUAACGUAGGAUACACCGGCGAUCCCUUCGUUAGAUGUUUCAAAGUUCCAACGGUAACCGAACCAGUGAACCCUUGCGUGCCAUCGCCCUGUGGCCCGUUCUCCGUGUGUCGCGUCGUUGGAAACGCGGACCUACCAAGCUGUACCUGUAUGGACGAUUACAUAGGAACUCCUCCAAACUGUCGACCGCAGUGUACCAUCGAUUCAGAAUGUGCCAGUAACCGAGCUUGCCUCAGACAAAAGUGUACAGAUCCUUGUCCAGGUUCCUGUGGUACUGGAGCAGAAUGUUUAGUAGUGAAUCACAUGGCUGUGUGCACUUGUCCCCAAGGAUACACAGGCGAUUCAUUUGUCAAUUGUUUCCUAGAAUCUCCUCCUUCACUAACAACACCCCAAGAUGCCUGCAACCCCUCACCGUGUGGAUCGAACGCACUGUGUCGCGAUGGUACAUGCACUUGUCUACCAGAAUACCACGGUGAUCCAUAUUACGGAUGUCGUCCGGAGUGUGUGCAGAAUCCAGACUGUCCUCUAGACAGAGCUUGCAAUCGUAACAAGUGUUUUGAUCCUUGUACCGGUGUCUGCGGACAGAAUGCCGAAUGCGUGGUAAUAAAUCAUACUCCCAUGUGCAGUUGCCCCGAUGGCAUGUCAGGAAACGCGUUCACAGCAUGUUUCCCAGUGAAAGACCCAGAGAUAGUACAACCUUGCAACCCGUCACCCUGUGGUCCUAAUAGUAGGUGUCAGGACAUCAGUGGACAGGCAGUGUGUUCGUGUGCCCCUGGUUACAUAGGAAACCCACCAGCUUGUCGACCUGAAUGUAUAGUUAACAGUGACUGUCCAUUGAACGAAGCUUGCGUGAAUCUCAAGUGUAGAGACCCGUGUCCUGGAUCCUGCGGAGUGUCAGCUAGGUGUCAGGUCGUCAAUCAUAAUCCUAUUUGCAGCUGUCCUUCGAUAUUCACUGGUGAUCCCUUCGUACGUUGUUUACCUAAACCUGAAGAACCAGUGCAGCCGACCAGCCCGUGUCAGCCAUCACCGUGCGGUCCAAACGCAGUUUGUCAAGUGGUUAAUAAUUCUCCGUCGUGUUCUUGUAAACCAGAAUUUAUUGGUGCUCCGCCAAACUGCAAGCCAGAGUGUAUCAGUAAUAGUGAAUGCGGUAGUCACUUGGCGUGUAUCGAGCGUAAAUGCAGAGAUCCUUGCGCCGGUUCUUGUGGUUCGAACGCGGAAUGUCACGUUGUGAAUCAUGUUCCAUCGUGCAUUUGCUCGAAGGACUUCACGGGAGAUCCGUUCGUUCAGUGCAUUGCCAGACAACCGGAGACAACGGUCGCACCUAGACCCUGUCAACCCUCUCCGUGCGGAGCAAACGCCAUUUGUCGCGAACAGAAUGAUCUUAGUUCCUGUACCUGUUUGCCCGAGUACAUCGGCAAUCCUUACGAAGGAUGUCGACCAGAAUGCACUCGAUCAUCAGACUGUCCGUCUCAUUUAGCUUGUAUCAGAUCCAAAUGUCAAAAUCCUUGCCCUGGUUCUUGUGGCUCCAAUACCAAUUGUCAAGUAGUAAACAAUCUACCUGUGUGCACCUGUAUCCCGCAAUACACUGGCGAUCCAUACGUGAAUUGCGUAUACAAAGCUCCCACAAUUGACGAAGACGAGCGAGACGUAUGCCAACCAUCCCCUUGUGGUCCAAAUAGCCAGUGCCAGAAAGUAAAUGGUCAGGCAGUAUGCUCGUGUCAGCCUCAAUAUGUGGGAACCCCACCGAACUGUAGACCAGAGUGUGUCGUGAAUUCGGAAUGUAACUCGAAUCUCGCGUGUAUUAACCAGAAGUGUAGAGAUCCUUGUCCUGGUACUUGUGGCCGUAACGCACAGUGCAAGGUUAUGCACCACAGUCCGAUUUGCAGCUGUGGAAGCGGUUUGACGGGAGAUCCGUUUGUUUACUGUUUCCCUGCUCCAAUGCCAAAACCGGAAGAGCCGUACCCUAAGGAUCCCUGCACCCCAUCCCCCUGUGGUCCAAACGCCAUGUGCAAGGCCAUUGGAGAAACUCCAGUCUGCACUUGCAUAAACAACUACAUCGGAGUGCCACCAAAUUGUCGACCGCAAUGUUCCAUCAAUUCAGAUUGUACAGCAGACAGAGCUUGCAUUAGAGAGAAGUGUAGAGAUCCCUGUCCAGGAUCUUGUGGCGUGAACGCACGCUGUACAGUUGUCAAUCAUACGCCAGCUUGCACUUGUCCCGAAGGAUACACCGGCGAUCCUUUCACCAGCUGUUCACCAACUCCUCCGCCAAUCAUCUCAGAAGCCCCAACAGACCCAUGCAACCCAUCACCGUGUGGACCAAACGCACAAUGCAAUAGUGGCGUGUGCACUUGCUUGCCUGGUUAUCUGGGCGACCCAUACACCAUUUGCCGCCCUGAAUGUGUUAUCAACACCGACUGUUCCCGAAACGAAGCCUGCCUACUGCACAAAUGCAGAAAUCCCUGUGUAGGAACCUGUGGAAUAAACGCAGAGUGCAACGUGGUCAAUCAUCUACCUAUGUGCAGCUGUCCUAGGAACAUGACAGGCAAUGCUUUCGUUUCGUGUAAUCCUAUUCAAGAAACCACCGCAGUCGAUCUAUGCAACCCAUCACCCUGCGGUUCGAACAGCCACUGUCGUCCUUCCAACGGUCAAGCUGUCUGCAGCUGCGUUACUGGAUUCAAAGGAUCGCCACCAUUCUGUAGAGCAGAGUGUAUCGUUAGCACAGAUUGCCCUCGAAACAGAGCUUGCAGUAACCAAAAAUGCAUCGACCCUUGUCUCGGUGCUUGUGGAUUGUCUGCUCAGUGUUCCGUGAUCAAUCAUAAUCCUGUUUGUAGCUGCUUCGAGCAGUAUACCGGAGAUCCAUUUAUUCAGUGUGUCCCACAAAUAAAAGAGCCAGAUACCCCGAUAAAUCCUUGUCAGCCAUCGCCUUGUGGUCCAAACGCUCGAUGCCAAGUCACCAACAACGCACCCUCGUGUUCUUGUCUUCCGGAAUUCGUAGGAGUUCCACCAUAUUGCAAACCCGAGUGCCUGAGUAAUACAGAAUGUUCAACGCAGCAGGCUUGCAUCAAUCAGAAAUGCGCGGAUCCUUGCCCUGGCUCUUGUGGCAGGAACACAGAGUGCAGGACGAUUAGUCACACCCCUAUGUGCACUUGUGCAAGCAAUUUCACUGGAAACCCGUUCGUACAAUGUACACCCCAACCAAUCGAAGAUAAACCACAAAAACUCAACCCCUGCCAGCCAUCUCCCUGUGGCCCGAACGCCAUUUGUCGCGAAUCGUACGGUACAGCUCGGUGCACCUGUUUACCUGACUUCUAUGGAAACCCAUACGAAAAUUGUAGGCCAGAGUGUAUUAUCAAUGCCGACUGUCCAUUUAACCGAGCCUGUAUAAGGAAUAAGUGUCAAGAUCCCUGUCCAGGAACCUGUGGCUUUAACGCCGAUUGCCAAGUGGUGAAUCACAUUCCAAUUUGCAGUUGUAGCUCAGGUUACACUGGUGAUCCAUUUACAGCUUGCAGCAUACUUAUACAACCCCCUGCGACAAGUCUGACGAAUCCCUGCGAACCUUCACCCUGUGGACCAAACAGUAAGUGCGCCGAUGUGAAUGGCCAAGCCACUUGUUCUUGCCUUCCCGAUUUCAAAGGCACACCACCAGGAUGUAGACCCGAGUGUGUUGUUAGCACAGAAUGUGCUAGCAACAGAGCUUGUGUGAAUCAGAAAUGCGUUGACCCUUGCCCUGGAGUUUGUGGAAUAAGCGCGAGAUGCGAGGUUUUCCAUCACAGUCCCAUUUGUAGCUGCGAUCCUCGUCAGACGGGAGAUCCGUUUGUAAAGUGCUUCGAUGUGACCACACCAAGUCCGCCUGUGCCUGUAAACCCAUGCGUUCCAUCGCCCUGCGGCCCAUUCUCUCAAUGUCAAGACAUAGGAGGCAUUCCAUCCUGCUCCUGUUUGCCCAAUUAUGUUGGCUCAGCCCCCAACUGUCGACCAGAAUGUUCGAUUAAUUCAGACUGUACCAGUGACAAGGCUUGCAUCAGAGAAAAGUGUAGAGACCCGUGUCCAGGAUCCUGUGGAACGAACGCAUAUUGCAAUGUGAUUAAUCAUACACCUGUUUGCACUUGUCCUACAGAUUACACGGGAGAUCCCUUCACCAGUUGCCGCCUAGCGCCUACACCUAUACUCCCAAUCUCGUCAAACCCGUGCAAUCCAUCGCCUUGCGGUCCGAACACGCUAUGUCGAAAUGGCGUGUGCAGCUGCAUAAGCGAAUAUCGUGGUGAUCCGUAUCAAGGUUGUCGACCAGAAUGCGUGCAGAAUUCCGAUUGCACGUUUGAUAGAGCUUGCUCCAACAAUAAGUGCGUGGACCCUUGCACUGGAAUCUGUGGACAGAACGCUGAGUGCGUUGUGAUUAACCAUAUUCCCACUUGUAGUUGCGUUAAAAAUCACGAAGGAGAUCCAUUUACCCUCUGCAGACCUAUUAAAAAACGCGUAAAACCCUGCGAACCUUCGCCCUGUGGACCCAACAGUGUUUGUCGCGAGUUUGGCGAGCAAGCUUCUUGUUCCUGUCUCCCUGGAUAUUUUGGAACUCCACCCAGCUGUAGACCCGAAUGUUUGGUGAACUCUGACUGCGAACAGAACAGAGCUUGCGUGAACGAACGCUGUCAGAACCCGUGUGAAAACGUGUGCGGUCAAGGCGCGUUGUGUAACGUGCGAAAUCAUAAUCCCAUUUGCAGUUGCCCCGUACAGUAUUCCGGUGACCCAUUUGUCAGCUGUUUCCCCAUGAAACCGCAGUACGAAGAACCCAGCCAGGACCCAUGCAAACCCUCGCCGUGUGGACCAAACUCCCAAUGCACAGUAUCACCAGACAAUAAAGCCUCCUGCGCCUGUAUGCCUGAAUUUGUAGGCUCUCCUCCCAAUUGUAGGCCAGAAUGUCUCGUGAACAGCGAGUGUCCCAGCAAUCAAGCUUGCGUUAGACAGAAGUGUACCGAUCCCUGUACAGGACUCUGCGGCACUGACGCUCUCUGCCAAGUUACCCUGCAUUACAUCCGUUGCGUGUGUCCCGAGGGAUACACUGGAAACCCAUUCGCUAUUUGUUCCGUGGCCAGCACGCCUGUAGAACCACCGACACCUUCGAGACCGUGCAGUCCUUCACCGUGUGGAACUAACGCGUAUUGUCGCGAGAGACACAAUACUGCGUAUUGCGAAUGUCUGCCAGAUUUCAGGGGAAAUCCGUAUGAAGGCUGUCAACCAGAGUGUUUGGUGAACACUGACUGCCCGAAAUCCCAGGCUUGUAUUCGAACCAAGUGUCAAGAUCCUUGUCUCGGUACUUGUGGCGUUGGAGCCAUUUGUACUGUGUCCAAUCAUAUUCCGAUUUGUUCCUGUCCUUUACCUACUAUCGGAGACGCGUUCACCAUCUGCCAUGCUGUUCCUCAAGUACCAAAGGAAAGAGAUCCCUGCUCACCAUCUCCAUGUGGACCUAACACAAUCUGCCAAAAGAUCGGCGACUCGGCAGUCUGCAAGUGUUUGCCCGGUCUUCAAGGAGUUCCUUCGAGUGUCACAGGCUGUCAUCCAGAGUGUGUGAUCAGCUCUGAUUGUCCAGGAGACAAGGCUUGCAUCGGCAACAAAUGCAUAAAUCCUUGCACGCAAAACGUGUGUGGUAUCAAGGCUACGUGUCAAGCUAUCAAUCACAGUCCCCUCUGCAGCUGUACAUCUCCGUUGAUCGGCAAUCCAUUCGAAGAAUGUUACACCAAAAUUGAAACCGAUCCUUGUAAUCCAUCUCCGUGCAGCUAUAACGGUGAAUGUCAAGUCAGAAACGGCGUUGCAGUGUGCAUUUAUCCGGAAUGUGUCAUUAAUUCCGACUGUCCACGAGACAAGGCUUGCUUCGCUCAGAAAUGCAGAGACCCUUGCAUCGGUGCUUGUGGUAUUAAUUCACUGUGUCAGACGGUCAACCACAAGCCUGUCUGCUCCUGUCCAUCUGGAUUUACUGGCAACGCUCGCAUACAGUGCACCGUUCUAACAGUCGAAGAGCCAACUGCAGAGUGCACUCAGAACUCCGAAUGUCCGAACGACAAGACUUGUUACAAUCAAAAAUGCGUCGAUCCUUGCACACUGGAUUCCUGUGGCUUCAACAGUCGUUGUCACGUACAAAUGCAUCGAGCUGUCUGUGUCUGCAACGAAGGCUUCACUGGCAAUCCUCAACAAUACUGUGGCGAAAUUGGUUGUCGCGGUGACAGCGACUGUCCAUUGACUCAAUCUUGCAUCAACAACGAGUGCAUAGAUGCCUGCUCUGUGACACAGUGCGGUGUGAAUGCAUUCUGCAGAUCCGAUGGAUACCAUAGGCCAAGAUGCUACUGUUCUGAUGGAUACUUAGGAAAUCCGUACCAAACAUGCGAGAGACCAGAGUGCGUUAGUGACAGCGACUGUCCAUCGUCUUUAGCCUGUCGCGAUUCAAAAUGUGUAAAUCCUUGCGAUUGUCCACCAUCAGCGCAAUGCUUCGUGAUUAAUCAUCGUCCUAUUUGUCGAUGUCCUCCGGGUUACGUGGGUAAUCCAUAUACCUCGUGUCUAAUGGAACCGAUCGAACAACAGCCACAGUGUCAAGUAGAUGGAGACUGUCCCAGCAAACUGGGCUGUUUCAGUGGCGUUUGUAAAGAUCCGUGUGUCGAAACCAAACCUUGCAUCGCUGGGGCGAAGUGUACCGUCGUAGACACUUUACCAAUGAGAACCAUGGUGUGCGAAUGUUUGCAAAACUUUGCUGGAGACGCGACCGUCGCUUGUAUUCCCGUGGACAAGAAGAUCGAAGCCAUUUGUAAAUCCGACACCCAAUGCUCUUCCAACAUGGCCUGUCUGAAUGAAAGAUGUAUCAAUCCGUGCAUUAUCAAUCCAUGUGCUUCAAAUGCAGAGUGCUCUGUCCAAAAUCAUUAUCGACAGUGUCAUUGCUCGCGUGGCACCGCAGGCGACCCAUUCGUAAAUUGUUAUAGAGACACUGACUCGUUCCCGGAGUGUAUAACGAACGCGGAUUGCGCGACCAACGAAGCUUGCAUUAGCCAGCUAUGUCAGAGUCCAUGUGUCAGCACGCAAUGUGGUUUGAACGCGGAAUGUAUCACUGUCAAUCAUCAUCCGACCUGUCGCUGCCAGCAGAACUAUGCGGGAGAUCCUCAAGUGCAAUGUUUCAAACCCGAGUGCAAGUCAGAUAGCGAUUGUCCUUACGACAAGACCUGUCUGCGCGACAAUUGUGUCACCCCUUGCCUGGUCGGAGAUAUCGCGUGCGGUCGUGGCGCAGAAUGUAUCGCGGUCUCUCACAGGGCGCAAUGCGUCUGUCCACGAGGUACCCAAGGCGACCCAAGAAUCGCCUGUAUUUCCACAGUGUGCCAUUAUAACGAGGAUUGCGCAGAUCACGAAGCCUGCGACAGGCUGAACAGAGUGUGUCGACCAGUUUGCGAGGACGAUACUUGCGCGGAUACUGCGAAAUGCGUCGCGAGAGACCAUCAGCCUAAGUGCACUUGUCCUCUGGGAACUACUGGAAAUCCAUAUGUUGAGUGCAGUGGUGUGCCAAUUGAAGCAGAGUGCAAAGAAGACAGCGAAUGUCCAGCAUAUUUUGCAUGCAUCAACUCAAAAUGCCAAGAUCCUUGCUUAUCCUCUAACAUGUGCUCUGGUGAACAAGAAUGCAAAGUACUGAACACAGUGCCCCUUCGUACGAUGAUCUGCACUUGCCCUGCAAACACUAUCACCGACGUAAAUGGACUGUGCAAGAAAAUCGGAGUUCUGCAGUGCCAACAAGAUCAGGACUGCAACGAUUCUGACAAGUGUGUGGGUGGAACUUGCAUCGAGGCUUGUCUGACCACUCAGUGUGGAGUGAAUGCCCAAUGUGUGGCAACUGGAAUCUGUCAUUGCGCGCCUGGAUUUACUGGCAACCCCUACAUUGAGUGCGGUAGACUUCCAAUACCACUGCCACCAGUUCGUCCAGAAUGCUACGCUAACAGCGAGUGCUCCGACGACAAACGGUGCAUAAAUUCUCUCUGCGUGAAUCCUUGCGUUGUCGAGGACCCAUGCGGCAGAAAUGCACUAUGUCACGCGAACAAUCACAGUCCAGUCUGUAGAUGUCCUGUCAACUACAUUGGUGAUCCAAGAAGCAACUGUGUUCCACCGGAAAUUGUAGCCGAAUGUACUUCGAACAGCGAUUGCGCGGGUAACACUGCCUGUGUAAACAACUUGUGCAUCAAUCCUUGCAAUUGUGGUCCGAACGCCAAGUGCAACGUCGUAGAUCAUUAUCCAUCCUGUGUCUGUCCGCCUGGUUAUUCUGGAAAUCCUCAACUAGGUUGCUUCAAAUUGGACUGUGAAUCGGACAGUGAAUGCAACAGCGCAGCAACGUGCUACAAUGGCCAAUGCGUGAAUCCUUGCAUAUUGGAGAACAAGUGUGCGAUAAACGCAGAAUGUUACGGCCAAAACCAUCGAGCCAUUUGUCGUUGCGGUCCAGGUUAUCUAGGCAAUCCGGAAGUGCAUUGUGAAAGAGUGGAGUGCAGCGCUGACCACGAUUGUCCUCGAAAUUUAGCCUGCGACAGCGGACGCUGCGUUAGUCCUUGUUUAGAAGAUUCACCGUGUGCUCAAAACGCAAUCUGCUACGUUCAGGACCACGUGGCCACCUGCCGUUGUCCAGAGAAUAUUCCUGCUGGAAAUCCAUAUUCCUAUUGUACACAUCAUCCCACGACAACAUUCGACGAACCAGAAUGUAGAAUCGAUAUUGAUUGCGCUGACAAAUUGGUGUGCAUUAAAAAUAAGUGUAUCGACCCCUGUCCAGUGAUCAAACCAUGUCUGCAGAAUGCACGUUGCAACGUUUUGGACACUGUGCCCGUGAGGACCAUGACGUGCACGUGUCCCGAAGGUUGGACCACUGACGUUGACGGCGUUUGUAGACCAAUCCAAAUAGCAAUAAUCGGCACUUGCACGACGAACGACGAGUGCAGCGACACAGAGUCCUGCAUCAACAGACAAUGCAGGAACCCUUGCAACUGCGGUACCAACGCUGCGUGCACCGUACGAAACCACAAACCGAUCUGCUCUUGCGAAGAAGGCUACCAAGGCAACCCGGACAUCGCUUGCUAUUCCGUAGAGUGCACGCGCGACAGCGAAUGUGCUCUAGACAAGAGUUGCGUGAACAACAACUGCGUGAAUCCUUGUCUAAUCUCCGAUAACUGUGGAGUAAACGCAGAAUGUUUCCCCAACAACCAUAAAGCCGACUGUCGAUGCCGUAACGGGUAUCAUGGAAAUCCUUUGGAUCGAUGCAAAGUAAUCGGUUGCUACAGCAAUGGCGACUGUCCUGGAGACCAUUCCUGUAUCAAUAUGCAGUGCAUCAAUCCUUGCGUUCAUAGCAAUCCUUGCUCGUCUAGAGCCGAAUGCAGAGUCUUUAAUCAUCUACCCAUUUGUCGUUGUCCACCUCAUCACACAGGCAAUCCUUACAUCGCUUGUAAACCGGAAGAAAGACCAGAGUGUAAAGAGGACAGUGAUUGUCCUAAUUUGUUGGCCUGCUUUGAUAAUAAAUGCCAGAAUCCUUGCACUGUCGUGCAACCCUGCAGCGAUCCAUCAGAAUGCAAAGUCCUUCCGACGUCCCCGGUUCGAACGAUGGUCUGUGUGUGUCCUAGUGGAUACGUGAGCAGCGGCAGCGGAACUUGUAGACCCACGAAACCGAUUUUGGAGAUUGAAUGUACUAAUGAUAGCGACUGUCCUUCAGAAAAGUCCUGUGUUAACGCGGUGUGCAAGAACCCUUGUGCCUGCGGCCCCAAUGCGAAGUGCAGCGUUGCAAAUCACAAACCAAUUUGCUCUUGUGUUCUGGGAUACGAUGGAAAUCCUGACUUGGCUUGCACUAAAGUCGCCGGAUGCCGCACAGACGGUGACUGCAGCGGAUCACACGCGUGUGUCCAGCACAACUGUGUUCCAGUCUGUUCUCCAUUAAUCACCACCUGCGGAAAAGACGCUCAAUGCAAUGGUAUCAACCACAAAGCUAUCUGCGAGUGCCCACCAGGAUAUGGAGGCAAUCCUAGAGUUUCCUGUGUCCUUCUUGGUUGCAAGAGUAACUCUGAUUGUCCCACGAACAAAGCUUGCAUUAACGAGCGCUGCGAGAAUCCUUGUGGGAUAAAUCCUUGCACCGGAAACAUGGAUUGCAACGUCUAUAACCAUGUGGUCGAGUGUGCUUGUCCUCCCGGUUACAUCGGAGAUACUAAAGUGGGAUGUACUAAACUGACAGAGAAAUGCAAGGCGGAUAACGAAUGUCCAUCUCAGACCGCCUGCUUCAAUGGCGAGUGCAUCAAUCCUUGCGUGAAGAUCGAACCUUGUGGAAUAAACGCGGAUUGUAAAGUACUCGACACGUCUCCUGUAAGAACCAUGAUCUGUGAAUGCAUUCCUGGAUAUAGAGGAAACGCAGUCGUCCGCUGUGACAAAACCAACGUAUGUCCAGUAGAAAAGGGUCAAAUUUUCGAUGAAUAUGGCAAUUGUGUAUGUCCACCUGGAUCAGCUAAGGAUGAAACAGAAGUUUGUAUACCGUGUAGGAAACAAUCUGGAAUGAUCAUCAAUGAUGAAGGAUACUGUGUGUGUGCUUUGGAGAACGGUAUGAUCAUCGAUGAAUAUGGUCGCUGCGUGUGUCCGAUUCAUCAUGGAUACAGACUGGACGCGAAUGGAUAUUGCAAAUUGGUUGACAUAAUCGAGUGCAAACACGACGAUGACUGUGCUGAUAACAGAUUCUGCGAUAAAACCAGCCAAACAUGUGAAGAUCCUUGUUCAACUCAAUUAUGUGGUCUUUAUGCACUUUGUAAUGCAACUCGUCAUCAAGCUAUUUGCAUAUGCAUCAAUGGUUAUAUUGGAAAUGCUUAUACUCAAUGCUAUGACAAGAACCGAUGGCGAACCGAUUUCCCCAGACCAGAGAUGGUUGUUAGCUGUUUGUCGGAUGGAGUGCAAGUCGAAAUACAUCUUCACGAUCAGGAAUUCGAUGGUGUUCUAUAUGUCAAAGGUCACAGCAAAGAUGAGCAGUGCAGGAGGGUUGUCUCCAUUCCAGCAGAAACUAUGCACAAAACCGAGAUAUUCAAGGUGGCGUUUGGAAAUUGUGGACUGAUACAUGUAAACGGGCAAGCAAGUUUCGUACUGGUCAUACAAAAGCAUCCGAAAUUGAUGACAUACAAGACUCAAGCAUACCAUAUCAAAUGUAUAUAUCAAACUGGAGAACAAAACGUCACCCUGGGUUUCAAUGUCUCCAUGUUAACUACAGCUGGCACCAUUGCUAACACUGGUCCUCCGCCAGUCUGUCUGAUGAAGAUCGUUACUCAAAGCGGAAAUGAAAUAAACUCUGCUGAAAUUGGAGAUAAUUUGAUGUUGCAAGUCGAAGUUCAGCCUUCCACUAUUUAUGGUGGAUUUGCCCGAAACUGUGUGGCCAAAACGAUGGAAGACAAUUUGGAGAACGAGUAUAUUGUAACAGAUGAGAACGGCUGCGCGACGGACCCGACGAUAUUCGGAGAAUGGGAGCAAGAUCCUGAAACUCAGACGUUAAUGGCCAGCUUUAAUGCUUUUAAAUUCCCAAGCAGUGACAAUAUUCGAUUCCAGUGCAAUAUCCGUGUGUGCUUUGGACGUUGUCAACCCGUCAAUUGUCGAGGAUACAAUGCGUUCGGUCGUCGCCGUCGAGACGUGAGUUCCGAGACAAAUGAUACGUCUUUAAGCAUCGCGGACAGCUUUGAAGGACAACUUAGAGAAGAAAUAACGAUCCAGUCGAAUCUGAUAUUCACUCUGGAGAGGAGAGAAGAGAGGUUUACAGCAGAUCCAGCUGAGAUCACCUCAGCUCAAAGAGUAGAAGACAUUUGCGUUUCUACGGUCGGCUUUGUGAUAGCACUAGUAAUUACAGCACUCUUGGCACUAGUCGCUGUAGCUAUUGCUGUGUCGUGCUGGCUAAUGGCGUAUCGUCGCCAGCCAAAGACUGCUGGACCACUGCCACACCCACCAGAGUUCCCAAAUCCACUGUUCACUACUGAGUCCGUAGCUGAACCGUCUCCUGAUUAUCACCUAUCAUAAGUACUCUAGGAUAAUUAUUUUUUUGUAACGUAAUUUUAUAAUUCUCAAUGGAAUACAGUACAGACCACAUCACUUUUUUUUCUCGCUGGUCGGUCUUGUAUUUCUUUCAACGACUCCUCCAGUGACUAGACUCUUCCGUUAUCUUCCUCUCGGGAGUUCAUACCGAGCGUGUUGUACGUUCAUUGUUACAUACGAGUACCCUGAAUCAAGUUAUACAUAAAUAUACAUAGAUAGUUAGAUCAGAGCGCGUGCGAGAGAGAAACGUUUACUAUUUAUGGUGAUGGUUAGCUUCCAUUAUCUACACAAUAGAACUUUGUCUUCCGACGUAUUCUCUUGUCUUCUGUACCUUUGCUCUUCUCUUCCUGUAGUCACUGGAAGAUUUGUUAAGCAUAAUACAGCGAAUUUAAUUCCCGUGUAAAGUCGAACGAAUUAGUCUAAUAUAGCUUUCUUACUUCGUGCGUAGGUAACUGUACAUUUUAUCUAAUAAAAUGCUAAUGUAAUAUUUUUAAAA